CCGUCUUCUGAGAGUAGCUGUCAGUUUGUCGCAAACUGUUUCAGGAAGACGGUGUCACCCUGAAGACACAGAGGCAGCGAAGGAUCCUUUGAGAAUGUCAAGCUCCCUGGUUGUGUGUGAAGUGGAUGAAAGCCUGAAAGAGAAACUGAAAAAGUUUAGAUUUCGAAAAGAGACCAACAAUGCUGCCAUUCUAAUGAAAAUAGACAUGGAGAAGCAGCUUGUUAUCCUUGAGGAGGAGUAUGAGGACAUCUCACUCGAUGCGUUGAGAGAAGAACUUCCAGAGCGGCAACCCAGAUUCAUUGUCUACAGCUACAAAUACGUCCAUGCUGAUGGGAGGGUGUCUUACCCUCUGUGCUUCAUAUUCUCCAGUCCGAUGGGGUGCAAGCCAGAGCAGCAGAUGAUGUAUGCGGGCAGCAAGAAUCGACUGGUCCAAGCUGCAGAGCUCACAAAGGUCUUUGAGACAAGAAACGCUGAUGAUUUGACAGAAGAAUGGCUGAAGAACCAGCUGGCAUUUUUUCGCUGAAUAUGCAUCGUCUAUAUCUCCAGUACUAUAAUGUACAGUAAUUUGUGAAACAUGACUGUCAAUUUAAUUUCCAGUUAUUGUGUGUUAUUGUUAAUAAAUGAUUAGUGUAUCACAAAUCA